AUGCGUCUCCCUCGCACCUCCCUCUCGUCCGUCACCGCCGCCGCGCGCCAGGCCAUCCACCCGCGUCUCCCCCAGGCAUCCCGUCCCCAGGCAUUCGAGCGCGUCAGCAGCUCGGCCCAGACGCGCCACCUCGCCCGUGGAGUGACUGCCCAGGCGCGCGCGCGCCCGUCGACCGCCGCGGUCAGCUCGGUGCCCCUGCGCGCCGCGGCUGGCCAGGUCCGCACCCACACCACCCGCGACGCGCACUACUUGAAGGACUUGCCCGGACAGUCGUCGCCCACGUUCGAGUACAAGUUUAUCGCGGAUGACCCGUCCACUGUUUCUGUGGUCGGAUACCCAUUCUCUGGUGGCCAGCCGCGUCCCGGUGUUGACGAGGGACCCGAGGCGCUCGUCGAGGCCGGCCUCUUGGACCAGAUCGCGGCCCUGGGCUGGGUCGUCGAGUUUAACAAGGCUGCCAUUGCCGAAGUGCGCGAGCUCGCCAUGGCCGACAGCGAGACCGACGCCGACGUCGGCAAGCUCCACCGCCCCCGAGCCGUCAGCGCCGUCAACCAGCGUGUCGCGCAGGACGUGUCGGACAUCAUUGAGCGUGGAGCCAUGCCCCUGACGCUUGGUGGUGACCAUUCGUUGGCCAUGGGAACAGUCUCGGGAGUCAAGUCGCAGUACCCCGACGCAGCGGUCAUCUGGGUCGAUGCCCACGCCGACAUCAACACGCCCAUUACCACUGACUCUGGCAACCUCCACGGCUGCCCGUUGUCGUUCCUCCUCGGCCUCGAGGGAACUGACAUCCCCCCCUUCAACGUCUGGCUCGAGCCCUGCCUCCGUCCCGAGGACCUGGUAUACAUCGGCCUGCGCGACAUUGACGCCGGCGAAAAGAUGAUCCUCAAGAGCCUCGGUAUCAAGGUCUUCACCAUGCACGACGUUGACAAGCACGGUAUCGGCAGGGUGAUGGAGAUGGUCCUCGCUCACGUCGGUGCCAACCGCCCCAUCCACCUCAGCUUUGACGUGGACGCGCUCGACCCCACCGUCGCGCCCAGCACGGGUACGCCCGUCCGUGGUGGCCUGACUUUCCGCGAGGGUCACUACAUUACCGAGGCGAUCGCCGAGACUGGAAACCUCGUCGCGAUUGACAUUGUGGAGGUCAACCCCACCCUCGAGGACGGCGCGUCGGUCCAGCAGACCAUUGCUGUCGGUUGCUCGCUUGCGCGCUGUGCGCUCGGCGAGACUCUUCUGUAA